AUGGUCGCCUUUGGCAACGGGCCCGCCUGCGUCAGCCUGCGACUGCUGCGCGCCUGCGACUUCCUGCGACCGCCGGGCGCGCCAGUUCCUGCUGGGCUCACCGUAAACCGGUCCUUACCCAGACUCCCCACCCUCCCCGCUCAACGACGAAGGUUAGUCCGAUUGACCAACACAGGCCCAAGGCUCAUAUCAACGCUGAUUCUGAUGUUUAUUGUGGUGGUAGAUGGCGAACAUUGGAAUCCCGACCAAGCUGCUGCACGAAGCAUUGGGACAUGUCAUCACCGUCGAGCUUAAGACCGGCCAGGUGUACAGGGGCAAGCUGUUCGAAGGUGAGUCACACUCUGGGCCGCUAUGAUGGUUUCAACAGAGGCGGCCUUGCUGCUGAGUUGUAUCGUCGUCGUGGCGCUGUCAACAUUGCCCUCGCGUUGGUUGGCCAGCACUGGUCGCACCCCUACCGCGUCUGUGGCUAUCAACCCAGCGCUUCCCACCUCGACCAUAUCAUUGCUCGCCUUUUAUCACCCGAAUCGCCCGACUUCCGAAUCGCCAGAGCCCUCGACGUAGAUCGUUAGCUCGUGCCUGCGCUGUCGCACAGGUAACUCGCGUCCUGAUCUCGACGAGGGCACCCAGCCGUCACCGCUCUCAUACUCCGAUCAUGGGAGUACAUCGAACCCAAGACGACUUACUGCUCGCGUGUGAGGUCCGAGGGUCGGCACUGAUCAUGGCUUGCCCAUUUUCAUCGUCAAUUACCAGCCGAGGACUCGUUGUCGAUUUCCUUGACCCUUGUCACCGUGACCCAUCGUGAUGGUCGUGUCACACAACUCGAUCAGGUCAGUCGCUGCAGCCCAGAACUACACCGUGAAUCCAUCUGACCUUUGUUUCUGCCCCGUCUGUGAAUGCUUGCACUGUUUCAUUGGCGCCUUGCUCUACGCUCGCAAUCCCCAGGUCUACAUUCGAGGGAGCUCGAUCCGCUUCUACGUCGUGCCCGACAUGCUCUCGCAGGCGCCCAUGUUCAAACGAGUCGGCCCGAACGCUCUAAAAGGUCGUGGUAUCGGUGCCGCACGUGGACGAGCGACCAUCAUGCGUGCGCAGGCAAGACGAGGACGAGGGACCGGUGGGGGAAGCAGGCCGCCCAUUAGGCGUUGA